UGACUCACACCAUGACACAUUUGCCUAUCAACCGAGCUGCCCUUGUCCCCGUCGCAGUCUCAAUUUCCAUCAAGUUCCACGCCAUCUACGUUACCCUCAGUCCUGCAGUACAGCGCUGCAUAGCUCCUUACGCAAUGCUGCGGCCCGCACAAGAAGUUUUCCUCACAUUCUCAAAAAGUGUCCCUCGUUCGGUUGUCCAGCGACUGACCGCCACAGGACAGCCUAUUGUACUGCAACUGCAAUGCGCUCCGUCUACAUCUCCAUUGGCUCGCUUUGCAUCAACAACCACGUCAUCCCAUGCUCUUCGCGGAUUUCAGUCGCUACCGACAAGAAUUCCGACUCUUCUACGACCAAGAAACACGAUAAAUUCCCUGAAUGAGCGGAGCUUUGCCACUGCUACUCGCCCUGUCCUGAGCUUUUGGUCCAACAGCGGUAGUGGGAAGAAUGACGGUGGCGACGGAGAGGGCGGCGAAAAUAAGCCGGAUAAGGAUGAUACUACGCACAAGAAGGUGGACAAGGAUUCCAAGGAUGGUGGAGUGGCGGACGACGCAGAUAACGCUAACGCAGCUGCUACUGGUGGUGCAAACGGAGCUGGGGCACCAUCUGAUGGAAGUGGUGACGGGAAGGGAUCGGAUAAUGACUUUGUGGAAAAGUUGAUCACACAAAAUCCGGAGGGAUCUGCAACAGAAAUCAACACCAGCGCCCUUGAAACAAUCACUGUACCUAAAGAGUAUCCCCAAUUAGUUGCUAUACCACUGAAUCGCCGACCUCUUUUCCCUGGAUUUUAUAAAUCACUCUACAUAAAGGACCCACAAGCGAUUGCCGCCAUCCAAGAACUCAUGAAUCGACGCCAACCGUAUGUCGGCAUUUUCCUAUCUAAGGACGAUGAAAUGUCGGAGGAUGUGAUAACGGACGUGUCGCAAAUUCACCGAGUUGGUGUAUUCGCCCAAGUGACCAAUGUUUACCAGGCGGGACCUGAUAACUCAGCUCUCACCGUUGUUAUCUACCCGCAUCGCCGUAUCCGUCUGAAUAAUCUGGUUGGACCUCCACCAGAAAAGGAAAAGGACAGCAAGUCCCCGCCUGCUGAGGAGCAAUCCUCGGAAGAAGCGGCAGAAGAUUACCUCCCGAUCAAUAAACAUCUCGCAAACUAUCGCGUCUCCCUUGCCAACGUCGAAAACUUGAACGACGAGCCUUUCAAUGCCAGUAACAAUGUCGUCAAAGCCAUUACUUCGGAAAUGCUCAAUGUUCUGAAGGAGAUUUCACAAAUCAAUCCAUUAAUCCGCGAUCAAAUUAUCACGUUUUCCAUACAAACAGGAGGCAAUGCGUUUGCUGAUCCAGCGAAACUUGCAGACUUUGCUGCUGCUAUUUCUGCUGGGGAACCAAAUGAGCUCCAGAGCGUUUUAGAGAGUUUGGUUAUAGAAGAGCGACUACAAAAGGCUUUAGCAGUGGUAAAGAACGAGCUGUCUAAUGCGAAGCUCCAGCAGGAGAUCUCAAAAGAAGUGGACAAGAAGAUUACGCGUAGACAGCAGGAGUAUUUCCUCAUGGAGCAGCUCAAGGGAAUCAAAAAGGAACUCGGGAUCGAUACCGAUGGGAAAGACAAGCUCAUUGAUAAGUUCAAGGAACGUGCCGCGAAGCUGGCGAUGCCGGAGGCUGUAAAGAAGGUCUUCGAUGAGGAGUUGACCAAGUUGCAACACCUGGAAGCCGCAGCAUCCGAGUUCAACGUUACGCGAAACUAUCUCGACUGGUUGACUCAAAUCCCAUGGGGUCAAUACAGCAAGGAGAACUUUGACAUCAAGCAUGCCACUACCGUUCUAGACGAAGAUCAUUAUGGGCUGAAGGACGUCAAGGACCGAAUCUUGGAAUUCAUUGCGGUUGGCAAACUAAGGGGGACAGUUGAAGGGAAGAUCAUUUGUUUACAGGGCCCACCAGGUGUGGGAAAAACCUCGAUUGGUAAAUCCAUCGCGCGAGCACUCGGUCGAGAGUUUUUCCGGUUCAGCGUAGGGGGACUUACUGACGUCGCAGAGAUCAAGGGUCAUCGUCGAACAUAUGUGGGAGCGAUGCCCGGAAAGGUUGUGCAGGCGUUGAAAAAAGUGCAAACCGAAAAUCCUCUGAUCAUGAUUGACGAGAUCGAUAAAUUGGGUCGAGGCCAUCAGGGUGACCCAGCUUCCGCACUGUUGGAGCUCUUAGAUCCCGAACAGAACAACUCUUUCCUAGAUCAUUACAUGGAUGUUCCACUAGAUCUCUCCAAAGUCCUGUUUGUCUGCACCGCCAACAUGCUAGAAACCAUCCCCGCACCGUUGUUGGACCGCAUGGAAAUAAUCCGACUAUCGGGUUACGUAGCAGAAGAGAAAGUCGCUAUCGCUGGAAAGUACCUGGCGCCCACAGCGCGUGAAGCAGCCGGCCUGAAAGAACAGGAUGUGCAGUUGUCUGAUGAGGCUAUCGAGACGCUGAUUCGAUAUUACUGCAGAGAAAGCGGCGUCCGAAAUUUAAAGAAACACAUUGAUAAGAUUUACCGCAAGGCCGCAUUUAAGAUUGUGAAAGAAGAAGAUGCUGAGGGAGGUGUGGAGAAGCCCCUCGCAGUAACACCGGACAACCUGAAAGACUAUGUUGGAUCGCCAGUGUAUACAGCAGAUCGGAUGUAUGAUGAGACACCACCUGGUGUGGUAAUGGGGUUGGCCUGGACAUCCAUGGGGGGUUCAUCACUCUACGUCGAGUCUGUUUUGGAAUCUGCGUUUACAGAUAACGGUAAACCGUCCUUCCAUCGCACGGGACAGAUGGGCGAUGUGAUGAAAGAGAGCUCGAUGAUCGCGUACACGUACGCACGGUCAUUUAUGGCCCGAAAGUUCCCGGACAAUAAGUUCUUUGACAAGGCCCAUAUUCAUUUGCAUGUUCCGGAAGGUGCUACCCCCAAAGAUGGACCCUCUGCGGGGGGCACAAUGGUCACAUCCCUGUUAUCCCUUGCGCAGAACCGACCAGUAAUUCCAGAUGUGGCAAUGACAGGUGAAAUCACACUCACAGGCAAGAUUCUUAAGAUUGGCGGUGUCAAAGAAAAAACUAUUGCUGCAAAACGAUCAGGAGUCAAGAAGAUCAUUUUCCCUGCUGCUAACCGGAGCGACUGGGAUGAGCUAGCAGAUUAUAUCAAGGAAGGACUCGAGCCCCAUUUUGUGGGAUGGUAUGAAGAGAUUUACGAUGUGGUGUUCCCAUCGCAAACUUGAUGGGCCGGAGGGACGGGGAGAGACGUUUUCUAUGUGGUAUUUUUUUCGAUUACUUCCCUUGUCUUCUUUUUGUACAAUAGAAAUACCUGCUGCUAACUUAAAACGAAAUUAUCGUCGUUUACGCUCGGCUUCCUACGCUGCUCUUGGAUAUUGUGUUCAGACGAAGG